GGAGCAGACAUGGCGGACAGGCGUGUGGAGAUUCCAAACAAACUCCAGCGUUACUGUUAACGUUUAUUUAUGUGUCAGGAGUAACUUUCAUUACUUUAUCAUUUAAAUCUGAUUAUCAGCCGCGUCUAUGAGGCUGCAGGAUGGAUGAGGAGAGUAAAAUACAGUUCCCCUCCCUGCCUGUGUGUAAGGAGGACCAACUGGACUGGUCGUAUCCGAUGAGACGGGAGAUGCAGGAGAUCCUACCAGGAGUUUUCUUGGGUCCCUAUUCAGCAGCGAUGAAGAGCAAGUUGUCUGUCCUGGAGAAGCAGGGGAUAACUCACGUCGUGUGCGUCCGACAGGACAUCGAGGCGAACUUCAUCAAGCCCAACUUUCCCCUCAGGUUCAGAUACCUGGUGUUAGAUAUCGCUGAUAACCCGGUGGAGAACAUUAUUAGAUACUUUACAACGACUAAAGAAUUUAUUGAUGGAUGUCUACAGUCUGGAGGAAAGGUUCUGGUUCAUGGUAACGCAGGGAUCUCCAGAAGUGCUGCAUUAGUUAUUGCUUAUCUUAUGGAGACGUUUGGGAUGAAAUACAGAGAUGCUUUCAGUCACGUUCAGGAGAGACGAUUCUGCAUCAACCCCAACGUGGGAUUCGUGCAUCAGCUACAGGAAUAUGAAGCGAUCUAUCUGGCCAGACUGACCAUCAAGAUGAUGUCGCCCCUUCCACUGGGGCGAUCUUUCUCUCUACAAGCAGGAAUGCCAGGGAGCCGUAAGCGAACACUAGAGGACGACGAUGAUUUUGGGAAUAUGCAAGUACAAGCAGCGCAGAACGGAUAAGCUCACUGUAGCGCAUUAGUUGCAAUGAAUUUUUUUUACAUUUUUAUGGGAUUUAAAUUGUAAAUAUUGUUUUUUUGUUUUGUUUUUGUAAAAAAGAUACAAAAAAUAAAAUCCGGGGAGGGACGAGAGGGGGGGCGUUUGAUAUGGGUCGGGGGGAUUUUUUUGGAGCCGUAUGCACUGAUGUUUUUUGCAGUUUUAUAAUAUUUAAGCGCAUUUUGCAUUGGCAGCGGGACAGUAUUGCAAUAAUGCUCUUUUGAUACUUGAACUUCUGUCGUUGACGCCGGCCGGACGCGCGUUCGCAUUAAGGAGACGUGACGGAGGCGCGGGUUGGAUUGGACGGGAUGGAAAUAUUAGCGAGGGUGUAAUAAUACGUGCUUGCGUGAGAAUGAACAACCUGCUCAAUAAAAAGAUGGCUGAAGCACGA